GACUCGCUGCCCCUGGAUGAUGGGGCGGCCCACGUUAUGCACAGGGAGGUGUGGAUGGCCGUCUUCAGCUACCUCAGCCACCAAGACCUGUGUGUCUGCAUGCGGGUCUGCAGGACCUGGAACCGCUGGUGCUGUGAUAAGCGGUUAUGGACCCGCAUCGACCUGAACCACUGCAAGUCCAUCACACCCCUGAUGCUGAGCGGCAUCAUCCGGCGACAGCCUGUCUCCCUGGACCUCAGCUGGACCAACAUCUCCAAGAAACAGCUGAGCUGGCUCAUCAACCGCUUGCCUGGGCUCCGAGACUUGGUGCUGUCAGGCUGCUCAUGGAUCGCAGUCUCAGCCCUCUGUAGCUCCAGUUGUCCGUUGCUCCGGACCCUGGAUGUCCAGUGGGUAGAAGGACUAAAGGACGCCCAGAUGCGGGAUCUCCUGUCCCCGCCUACAGAUAACAGGCCAGGUCAGAUGGACAAUCGGAGUAAGCUCCGGAACAUUGUGGAGCUGCGUCUGGCCGGCCUGGACAUCACAGACGCCUCCCUGCGGCUUAUCAUUCGCCACAUGCCCCUGCUCUCCAAGCUCCACCUUAGUUACUGUAACCACGUGACUGACCAGUCCAUCAACCUGCUCACCGCUGUGGGCACCACCACCCGAGACUCCUUAACCGAAAUCAACCUGUCAG